AUGGACAACAUUGCCGGCUUUAUUUUUCUCUGCGGGCUCGUUCUCGUUAGCGCAACGCAGCCGCAGGACGAAAUCCUUAACAAUUUUCAGCAGGUUACGAAACUAAGUCACUUGGGACUUGAAUUCGCCGACUUCUUCCAAAAUGUAACUCUCAGUGAUAUAAGCUUAGCGGAUUCCCGAGCGCCGAAUGAGGAGGAUUUGUUGUGUCUCCGAGACUUGACUCUGUUUUCAAAUGCUCUAAAAGAAAGGAAACUCUGGGCCUUGAAAAUGAUCGAUGCAUGGGGUUCCAUUCCCUCUGGCAUUCUGACUGGCAACAGGCACAACCUGGGCAACUACGAUGAAUGCCUCAAUAUUAACAAGGACAUUAGCCAGGGUGUUACAAUCCGUGGUAAAUACUGUUUCCUGCAAACUUCCCUCAGUGCAAUGCUUGGCAGUGAUAUUGGUGCUCUCGGAGUAGUAACGAGAAUAAAGACAGCAACCUGCUUUCCUGCCUCUUGUUCGGCAGCUCACAUGAAUCUAUUUGUGAGUCAGGUGUUGCAAAAGGUCCUUAACUUGGACAUUCCCAGCACAGCAAUGGGUAUCAGUGAUGCCAGCUGCCAGACGAGUGCGAGUGAACCGUGGGAUGGACUCACCAUUUUUACGGUAGUGCUCUUAUCACUAAUGGGUGCUAUUGUGGCUGUAUUCACGGUUUACGAUUAUUUCUUCUGCAAGAACCACAAUGAGCUUCCUGCUAUUGUGAAGGCGUUUUCGGCAAGAGCCAACUCUCGAGCUCUUUUCCGCAUCGUGGAGAAUACCUCCAACCCGAAUGUGAUCAGUUGCCUCAAUGGAAUAAGGUGCAUGUCACUCUUUUGGGUGGUUUUUAGCCACGAGUACACGGGCAGAUUCUUUGCUGCGAAUCUUAACCUAUUCAACGUUCUUCCGUGGUCCAAGCUACCUUUUGCAAGCUUCAUUUUGCACGGCUUCUUCUCAGUGGAUUCCUUUUUCUUUCUCGGAGGAUUGUUGCUUGCCUUGAUUGCACUUCGCACAAUGGAUAGAACCAAGGGAAAACUGAAUGUGCCACUGAUGUACCUUCAUCGCUUGAUCCGAAUCGUUCCUAUUUUGGCCGUGGCUAUACUGGUUUACACAAAACUCAUGACGGUAGUGGCGAAUGGACCUCUUUUACAAGGCUUUAGUGGAGAAACAGCAUGUGAAACCGGAUGGUAUUGGACUUUGCUGUUUGUGAACAACUACACCAAUGUGAAGUGUCUCGGCCAUACCUGGUACUUGUCAGUGGACAUGCAGUUGUUCAUCAUCUCUCCGGUCCUGCUGAUCGCUCUCUACAAAUGGGGCAAGAAGGCUGCUGCUGGAAUAUUCGUUCUUAUAGUGCUGCUCUCUGGCUGCCUCUUUGCCACGAUGAUGGUCAACAACUACUCGAUGAUGUUUUUCCAAAACAGCUUCAGUAUAGAUGCCAUGUCCAAUAUGUACUUUGCCACUCACACGCACGCUACACCUUGGCUGAUUGGAUUCUUAUUUGGAUAUUUUCUGCAUUUGAAUAAGGGCAAAAAGUUCCAGCUGAGCUGGAUAUCAGUGUGGUCAGGAUGGAUUCUCUGCCUGGCCAUGAUCUUUACCUCGAUCUUUGCUCUGUAUCCGUCAACCCAGUCGAAUACUCCACCGCUGACAACCCUGGAGGAGUCCUUCUACUACACCCUCACUCGAGUGGGUUGGCCGUUAGCCCUCUGCUGGGUGGUCUUCGCCUGCAUGCAAGGAUACGGAGGAAUGGCUAACAGUUUCCUUUCCUCCCCGCUGUGGCAACCUCUGUCGAGGCUCUCCUACUCCAUAUACAUGUGGCAUUUGUUUAUCCAGGAAAUGAACGCGAAAAGUUCUAGGACAAACUCGUACUUCUCCGACUACCAAUUGAUGCUUCAAUUCUGGUCAGACAUUGGUAUUACCCUGGUGGUUGCCUAUCUAUUGUAUCUGAUUAUCGAGGCUCCUAUUGGUGGACUUGACAAUUUUCUACGACCUCAAAAGAAGCCUGCUGGUGUUCAAAAAACCAGCUCAUAUCCAAUUCAGAUAGUUUCAGACCAAAAAGUACAUGGUGAUGGUCCAAGUAAGCUGAAAGAGACUGAAACGAUAGCUCAAACAAUAUCUGAAUAGGAUAUAACUAACUCAUCUAAUAUAAGAUAAUUUAUAUAUCGUAGUUACAUAAAAUUAUU